AUGAAGGGUCUCCUCGUUGCUGCUAUGGUUGCCGCCGCCGGGGCGCAAACCAUCACGUCCGCCCCGUCGCAGGCCCCCUGCCCAACUCCGCUGGACGUAUUCGCCGUGUACGACCUCGUACCCUGCACAGACCCCCCUAGCACAUCAACCCAAGCGCCGACUCCCGCGCCAUCCAACUCGACCGCGUCGACGCCGGCUCCAGCCAUGGCCGCCCCUCCCGCGCCCACCAACUCGACCUCUACUUCCACUCCCACCACCACCACGGCUACCACAGCAACAACUACCCAGGCUACCACGCCUACCACAACCUCUAUGGCGACUUCCACUACCACCAACGCGAUAAACACCACGUUCGCCCCGUCGCAGCCCCCCUGCCCAACUCCACUGGACGUAUUUGCAGUGUACGACCUCGUACCCUGCACAGACCCGCCCCGCACUACGACUUCGCCCUCGCAAGCGCCGACUCCUGCGCCCUCCAAUUCGACUUCUACUCCCACCACAGCCACCCCUCCCUCACCCACCACGACGAAGAGAACUCCUACCACGACCAAGGCGAGCAAUAGUACGAGGCCAGUCACGACCAAGCGCGGCAACUCGCCUGUGUGCACGCUAGUGAGCGUCAAAGGCGACGCCACGUACUGCAUCCCCGGCUCCAUCUGCAGGGGUUGGGGAGACCACGUGUACGGCACCGACUGCCCCGUCAAGGGCGACGUGGCCAUCAAGUACUGCUUCAAGUCACUCAAAAGUUAUACCCAAGCGGGCAAGUGCAUCGCCCCCCACGACGCCGUCUGCAGCAAACUGCGCGGGGGGGUCUGGGGGUGCAAAUGGUAA